AUGCAUUUCCUUAAUUCUGCAGUCGUCCUGCUGGUUGUAGCACUAGGUUUACAUGUGGAAGCAGGCAGAUGUCCCAGAGUAUGCGGCUGUGAUGGCACCAAACUUGCAGUCACCUGUGUUGGGAAGAACUUAACCGAGGUUCCCCCAACUAUAGAUGAGAUUACAGUGAAACUGGACCUGAGGAAUAACAACCUGCAGGUGCUGCCCAGGGGUGCGUUUGUACUCACGCCCUACCUCACCCACCUCAACCUGCAGCGCUGCAACAUCAUCAAGGUGCUGGAGGGUGCGUUCCAGACCCUGGGCCGUGUGGUCUCCCUAAACUUGGCCUAUAACAAAAUUGACAUCCUUUACCAGGAGGCCUUUGACGGCCUCUCCUCCCUGAAGGAGCUGCAUCUGGACCAUAACCGUGUGGAGGAGAUUCAACCUGGAGCCUUCUCACAGCUCGGCUUCCUCAACAUGCUGGCUCUCAACCACAACCAGCUGGUUUACCUCCCCAACAUGGCCUUCCAGGGCCUGACUAACAUCAAGUGGCUUCGCCUUAGCCAUAACUCUCUGAACAACUUGGCCCCUGAGUCGUUUGCUGGACUGUUCACGCUGCGCCGCCUCAGCCUGGACCACAAUGAGCUGCAGUCCUUCCCCACUCAGACCAUGACCAGACUCCCAGAGGUCACACGCCUGGACAUGGGCCACAACUCGAUGACCUACCUCGGGGAAGAAUCCGUCUCUAUGGCGAAGCUUACACACCUCUACCUGGACCACAUGUCUCUUCAGGACCUGUCAGACAACGCUUUGUCCCAAGCCCCUCUCCUCUCCCACCUAGACCUCAGCCACAAUCAGCUUCAUUACCUAGAGCCCCUCUCAGGCCCCAAGGGGCUGGCCGCCCUCAACCUGACUGGCAACCCGAUCUACUGUAACUGCUACAUGCGGCCCCUGAGGACGUGGGCGAAGCUGGGCGGUGUGAAGCUGCUGGGAGCCUGUGCUAUGCCUCCCCACCUCUCAGAGGAGCCGCUGCAGGCGGGCGCCCCGUGCCUCUGCCGCAGCAGGGGGGAGCCGCUGAAGGAUGAGUUUGAGGAGGACAUUGCGAGCACAGGAAGCUUGCCGCCCACAGCCAAGCCCAAGCCAAAAAUCAAGUGUCCGGUGAAUUGCGACUGUGAUGCUGAAACCCACCAUGCCACAUGUGAGGGUCGGGGCCACACCAAAGUCCCGCGAGGCUUCCCCACCAAGACGCAGCUGCUUGACCUCCGGAGCAACCACUUCCACUACCUUCCUGCCAGCAGCUUCCCAGGCACCAGCCGAGUUGUAUCUCUUCACCUGGAGUUCUGCAAAAUCCGUGAAAUUGAAGGCGAUGCCUUUCGGGGGAUGAAAAACCUGUUUUAUUUGUACCUUUCCAACAAUGACCUCACAUCCUUGGAUCCUGGAGCCUUUGCUGGAGCCUCUGAACUCACCUACCUUCACCUGGAGGGGAACCGACUGGGACUGUUCCCUGUAUCAGCACUGGCAACCUUACCAAGUCUGUUUGUGUUACACCUGGAGCGAAAUGCCAUCUCCAAGCUGGAGCCCGUUGGUUUGCUGUCCUCAGGAGCCCCUAAACUUAGGGAACUUUACUUGACUAAUAACACCAUAAAUAGUAUUGCAAAGGGUGCUCUGGACUCUGCUUACAUAGGUAUACUUCACCUGGAUUCAAAUCAGCUGACAGAGGUACCCACCCACGCUCUGUCACAAGCUCCUAAUCUGGAGGAGCUUAACCUGUCUCACAACUCAGUUCGCUGGGUGGGACCAAACGCAUUCCAGCCGGUAUCCCACAGUUUGAAGAGGCUUUAUCUGGAUCAAAUGGGCAUGGAGAAGAUGUCCAGGGAUGCUCUGGGGGGGCUGGGUCCUGGGCUGAGGGCUCUGACUGUGAGAGGAAACCAGCUGGAGGAGCUUCCUGACCUGACGCCUCUCACUGGCCUAGAGGUGGUCGACCUGCAGGAGAACCCCCUGCUGUGUGGCUGUUCUCUGCUGCCCCUUUACAAGUGGAUGGAGAAUGUGAGCUUGGAGGUGAUUGCUACCUGUGGUCACCCUCCUGAGCUCCGAGGUCACAAGGUCAGGGACAUCCAGGUCUUCACCUCCUGUCCAGAAAGCAGCUCUCCUCCAGCUGAGGAGGUCGUUGUGGACACCAGAGCUCAAAAAGUGAGGAGACCCAAACCCAGGCUCUUGAAGGAUAUAAGAACAAACAGCUACAACCCGUGA